AGGAUUGCAGCUUGGAGAGAGAAGGGGGCAUAUGUGACCAAACCUGACCUCUGGGAAUAACCCGGCAGCUGCUUUUUUAUCUGGGUUUUUUUUUUUAGGGGGGGUGGGGGGAAUAGACAAAACAUUUGUCAAUUUCCAGUUGAUGUCCAUGAAUGCAAACACCAUGAUUUUCAUGAUCCUGGGGGCCUCUAUUGUUAUGGCAAUAGCUUGCUUGAUGGACAUGAAUGCGCUGUUGGACCGGUUUCACAAUUACAUCUUGCCGCAUUUAAGAGGAGAAGAUCGGGUUUGCCACUGCAACUGUGGAAGGCAUCAUGUACAUUAUGUUAUUCCAUACGACGGGGACCAGUCGGUGGUGGAUUCCUCGGAGAAUUACUUUGUGACUGACAAUGUAACCAAGCAGGAGAUUGAUCUGAUGCUGGGACUUUUGCUGGGCUUUUGUAUAAGCUGGUUUCUGGUGUGGAUGGAUGGAGUUCUCCAUUAUGCUGUGCGAGCCUGGAGAACCAGCCGACGGUACGACAAUUCUUGGUCUUGGAUUCCGAAAUUUUGUAACUUGAAGGAGUUCAGGAAACGUCAGCACAGGCAGUACGAGGAGGCUACCGGGAACAUGGUGCACAUCAAACAGAAGCUGUAUCAUAACGGACAUCCCAGCCCCCGACACCUCUGAGAAACGCCUUCCCCUCCAGAGACUGCAAAGCGAUUUUAGGACUGGGCUUUUAGGGGAACGUCUGUGAGUUCGCUCCUCUGUGGAAGACAGUGGAGGACGCCAUUUUAUUUAUCCAGGCGGUGUGAUUCUGAGGCACACCGCGAAUGCACAACUAAGCCAGUUCUGGCUGCAAGGCAGCCAAGACAUUGCACUGUGGUCAUCGUUUUAUUGUCGGACUGCUGUAUAUAUGUAAAAAAAAAAAGGGGGGGGGGGAGAUUUGCAUUAUACUUCCAAAUCCCCAUCCCCACUGGUUGAAGUUCUCCUGCACCUUCAGUGUACCUCUUUUGGAGUCUGUUCUAGGGAUCUGCUCUCCGAAGACAGCGAUGCUCAGCCGAGAGCUAGAAUGCCUUUCAAAGAGUUCUGCUCCAUGAUGUUUCCUCUCUUAGGAUGACUCAUGCCGCCGCAGGUGUGGAUGGGGGCUCGUGCUGGCGUGUUUCCAAGGUGCAGUGUCCCUUUUUCUUUGGUUUUGAGUUAUUUAUUUUUUGCGGUCAAUGAAGUUCUAGAAAUACACAAAUGAUUCGUUCUUCCUGUUGGCCUCCAGUGAAACCUGCCUUAAGCAAAGGCCCCCUAGAAAGCUGCAAAAAAUCACCCACCAACCAAUGGGAUUUUAGCAUUUUAAGAGGGCUGAUCCUGCUUCAUCUCACACCAGUUUUAUGUUGGUGUCACUCCAUUGACUUCAUUGCUGUCACUCCAUAGUUACACCACCAGGAGAGUAGAACUGGAGCCAGUUGCUCCGGCGGCGAGAGAGGAGAAUAAAACUCACUGAGAUAAGUGGAGUUACAUUUGCCGUGUAAGCAAGGGGAAAAAUCAGACCCACCAGUUGCUAUAUAAAUGUUAAGUCAUUCACCACCCCCCUGGGAGGAAGUGAAGUAUCACCCCCCUGUUACAGAAGGGGAAACUGAGGCACAGAGAAGGGCUGUGCCAGUGAUUCGGUGACAGAGGUGGGAAUAGGCUCGGGAGACUCCCCUCCCUUCCCCCCAAGCUCUCAAGCGGUUGCCUUGCUCUGUGUGUUAGUUCUCUGAAGGUCCUGCCCCGCUUGGGAAUACUUCAGGGCAGCUCUGUAAGGAACGGGGGCUGUUAGUUUAGGUGAAUAGAUCUGAAGCUAAACCCCAGCUCCAACCCCCCCACUGCUGGUUGUUGUAUCUGCAAUGGGUUCAACCAGAGCCUGGGAUCAGAGCCUGCACCAGGAGCU